AUGUCCGAAGAGAGACUUCUUCCGGGCCCCACCACUUUGGUAUCUGGUGGCGUGGUAAGCAAGACGCUUUCGCUUACCUCCCUUCGUCGUGGCUACCGGGGACUGGCUCAGGCAAGGACCGACAAGUUGGUCUUCAGCCCCCCUCCUCGCUCAAGGAAGCCAACGGUGCUUGAGCUGUGGUACACCGCAGCGCAGGGUCCAACGGCGGGACCGAGGACACGCAGAACCGCCGGGCCCUCAUGCUGUGCCCUUCUCAACUGCCGUGCUGGCAGCAAGCCGGCUGGUGAUGAACCUGCAGAGACAACGUGGGUGAAGCGGCGCGGGAGCGUCUCGUCUCGUUAG